CAAUUGUAGUGCACUAGAUAAAGUACAACAAGCGCGAGGAUCGGUUCACCCAAGAAACAAACACACUCAAACGAACUUAUCAACCAGUCAAAAUUAUCACUGUAAACCCAAGAUUCAGCGCCGUCUUAUCUGCGGAGAAGUUAUUCGGCAUUCAUCUGGAUCGGUGGUAGAUUUUUUUCCCGGAGAUUUAAAACCACCAAUAUGGGACUGUCAACGCACAUUCUGGACACAAGCCGAGGAAAACCAGCGGCCAACGUAGGAAUCAGCCUGUUUCGCCGAACCAACGGUGCAGAAUCGUGGCAGAGAGUUGGACAGGAGGGCUUAACCGAUAGUGAUGGGAGAUAUAAAGGAUUUUUCGUUGGCGGUGAACAUGUUUUUGUGAAUGGAGUUUACAAAUUACGUUUUGAAGUAGGACUCUAUUACGAACAGCUGAAAAUCGAUACGUUGUACCCUUACGUCGAGAUUGCAUUUGAAAUUAAAGACACGGAACAACAUUACCACAUUCCAUUGCUUCUGAAUCCAUACGGGUAUUCAACCUAUAGAGGGUCAUGAAAUGAUAGAGAAAGAUCAUCAAUUUAUUGAAAAAUAUAAUAAUAUAACAUUGUUUUCAUAAACUGCAAUUCAGACUCAAAAUAAACGUUUCCCUGGCACGAAAUUUUGCCGACGUCCUGCAGCUCUUUGGUGGGACAAAGAGUGCUCGUUAAA